AUGUUACCUGGGAAACUGUUGCCAGGUCAACAGCAAGGUAUGAACAUGCGAAGUUUCACUUAUGUUCAUUCUAGCACAAAACAUUGAGCUUGUGGACCGCAGAUUCAAGUGGCAAUUCACUUGGAAGAAGGCAGAGUUCAAGGAAGGGUUAAAAAUUCAAGCUAAUUUUAUUUCCUCGCGCCAAGAAAAAUAAAAGCUGUUGUAGUGUAGCCGUUGUAAGAGGUUCAACUGUAUUUAUGAAAUUACUUGCUUUCUACAAUUAGUAUGAAUUUUGGACAUUCCUUUGAUUAAGGAUUUGCGUAAAAAUGGAAUUUAAGUUUCUGCAAUAACUUUGAAAUAUAAUAUAUAUAAAAAAAAAAAGGAAAAGGAGUAUCUUUAUCAUUAUCGUAUCGAACUUUGCGCCAGGAGGAGCAUAAUUAAGGUUAAGUAUUUUAAUACUUGAUAAUGUAUAGAUUUAGCCCGGGCUAAAAGCGAAGCUCUCGAUAAUAUUUAUAGUUUGUUCAAACAAAAUAUAAAAUAUUGUAUAGUAAUGCUCAGGUGCAAAGGCCGGAGCCGGAGAACGGUGAAAGACAACAACAGCUCUAAUUAGCAAAAAUGCAACUUUGCACGUGCAGCACACUUUGUUUGUACAUUUCUUUGCGGUUGUUGUGCACGACUACAACGUGAAACUUCCAGAAACUUCUUAGUUACACGUUUUAUGGAGGAAAUGUCGUACGUGUUCUCGUUCACUUUUUUCCACUGCCGCUCAUUUUCACCUUGCAUUAUUGGGGGCCGCUAGCAUUUCUCAUUUUGUCACCGGCGCUACAAAUUUUUUUUAAAAAUCUCCGUCGCCCUUUUUCUCGUUGAGCUUCGCUGGCGUGCCGCGCACUUUCUCUUUUUCUCUGUCUUUCUCUUACUCUAUAUUCCAAAUUUGUGGACAUGACAAUUUAUCUGAGCUUAAUACUUUUGACAACACGGAUACAGAAAAAAUUUCCGCUUUCCGUUUUCGUCUUUUUUGACUCUUUUGUUGUCUCUGCUUUACAAGACGCCGGUGGCUAUGCGGUUUCCCGCCAAAAUAACCUCGAGUUGCAUUUCGGUUGCCAUACCUGUUGAUUGAGUUAUUUUACAUUGGUAUGCCUGUGGUGCGGACGGACGGUCGGUGUACGGUAACGUGAGUACCAAAUUUUCUCGGAUGGGUAGAUUACUUCAUUUUCUUACCAAUGGUGCUCCGCUGGCGCCCUGCGCGCGCGAGAGCUCCCUUAUAAACACUCAAAGGUUUUAGGGUCCUGAAAAUUAACAGAGCUUAAAGGGGGUACCUUUUUUAAGCCUCGGGUUAUGAAACCUUAAUAUUAUGCAAUAAAACAAAACACAAACAAACAGUUGACACUGCGCCAACACCAAACACCAACAAACAAAACUCAUUUAUACCUUUGUUUUAGGAAUGUGUGGUGGUCUUCUCACUGGUCCAUCCGGGAAUUUGGCAUCUCCUUAUUAUCCUGACAACUACCCUAACAACGCCUAUUGUGUCUGGACAAUUACUGUACCUCAAGGAUCACAACUCAGAAUUGAUUUUCUUUUCUUCGAAACUGAAUCUUGGUAUGUUUCGAAUUCCGCAAUUAUAUUCUUGAUUAUGUCAUAACAUCAACAUAACCUUUGCCAAAUGAAUUCAAGUUUAGUUGGAAAUUUGCCAUCACGGUUUUUUUAAUCUUUUGAAUAAUAAAAGAACUUGGAGCUGGGACUAAGAAAAUGUCAUCAAUGAAACUUUACUAUCCAAAAAAGUAAGUAAGCCCUUCAAAAGCAUUGAUAUAUCAUCACAUUUUGUGUUUUCUUUUACCGUUGGAUUUGAAUAAAAAUAUAUUCCCCCGAUUUAAUUUUGAUUUCAGUAGCUUGUUUUACUAUGCUAAGUAGUAUAUAUUUUUACAUUAAGAAAAAUGUACAAGAGGUACGAGAGGUCUAAAAGUUUAAGCAAAGCGUGUAAUUAAGCAACAUAAAGAAAAUAAACCAAAAUAUGUUUUCCAUUUGUAUUCAACUUUACAGCCGUGAUUACGUCAAAGUUUUUGCGGGAAGACGACUUUUACAUCGUGUCUCUGGGAAGGGAGUUGAUACAGACGAAAAAUAUCUCAAGAAAAUUGAUGAUGAUAAAGAUGACGAAUUCGAUGAUGAUGAUGAUGAAUGUGAUGAUGAUGAUCGUGAUGAUCGUGAUGAUCGUGAUGAUCGUGACGAACGUGAAGACGGUUAUGAUGAUAAACGAAGUUUUGGCAAACUCUCCUACGAAAACAGGCGCCGGCGAGAUGUAAAUGUUGUAUCCAUCCAAGGAACUGCUGAGCCAAUCAGGAUUGUUUUUAGAUCGGAUCCUUGGGUCACCAGGAGGGGAUUCUUUGCUCAUUACACUGUUGGACAAGCAGGUAACCCAGUAGAACCCACUCUCUACCGAACGUUCACGUGUUAACAGGAGUCUGCUGCUAAGUAAUGUUUUUGAAAAAAAUCUGCAGUGGAACCUCGCCUUUAAGACACCUCUUUUCGAGGGAUACCUCCAUUCAAGAGACACAAAAUUUGGUUCCGGAAAAAUGUUCACAUAAUCUUUGUAAUUUUGUUUCCUCUGUUGCAGAGACAUCUCAGGGGAAAGGGACACGUUUGCUGGGUCCCGUAACCCAGGUUUAACCUCCAUUCGGGGACACUUUAGCACUCAAAACGUGACUGACCACAAAGAGGGUUGAAAACUUUAGGUGUAUUACUAAUCACAAUCAUUUCAUCUUUCACAACAUGAACUAUCUCACUUAAAUCAAUGCACUGGACUUGUGGAAAUUCAACAAACAAUAAUGCAGAGAUAAGUUUUUCAUGAUUUUUUGUUUGUUAUCUAGCUGCUUUAUAAUGACUGCAGCAGAUUCUGAGGAAAAAUAAGAAAAAUUAUGUGUUAACUUUGCUUGUUAAUUAAUUAUUAAGAAACCCCACACCAACCUGCAUUCAGGAGACACCUCUGUUCAAGGGACACUUGCCUCGGUCCCAAGGGCGGUCCCCUAAUAGAGGUUCUACUGUAAUUUUUUCGGUCUUGAAGUGUCGAGCAGAAUGAUGAUUUAGCUUCGUCGUAUUGAUGACCUAGCUAAUUUACGUUUACCCAAAGAUAUGAUGGAGCUGAUCUAUUAACGCUUGUCUUUAGACACUCAUGGACGAAUGCAACCUUCCAAAUUAACUUUUGCAGAAGCCUACCAUUUUUGUUAGUUUUCUAUAUUUUAACGAACAAAGUAUGAAGAAGCUACAUGAUUGUUUACUGAUAUUCUGAGUUCUACUGCUUGAAUUAUUUUCUUUGAUUAGCAAUUUGUGGAGGUCCAUUGACUGGUAUAUCUGGAAAUUUCACAUCACCUGGUUUCCCUGCUAAUUAUCCAAAUGACGCACGGUGCAGAUGGUCAAUUACUGUGCCAAGAGGAUCGACCCUGAUGCUGAAUUUCGUUACCUUUGAAACUGAGCGAUGGUUGGUUAAUGUAAUAUUGAGCAAAUAAAUUAUCUAUUCAUAGCUGUCCGUUCAGCCUUGCCUUCAACUUAAAGUAAUUCUCUGAACUAUCUAUAACGACUUUAGGAUGACAUAAUUGCAUAGUACUAUUACCGCAGUCACAAACAAAAUUGUAAUAAAAAACAAUAAACAAAUUUUACGUUUCUUAGCCUUUCUAAUUAGAGGUCCGAAAAGUUUACGUCAAAUCAGUGUCAUUAAUUACUUUAAUUUUUUUAAAUUUUUAUGUUACUUUUUAUCAUUUUUGUCAUUUUUUUUUUCAAUGGUUACCAGGUGUAUAUACACUUGAAAAACAUAAAUGAAUGGUUGUUAAAUAGUUCAUUUUAAUUAAGGUAGCUUAUUUAUCCGUCUUAUCAACAGUCACGAUUACGUUGAAAUCGUGCAAGGAUGGCGAGUAUUGCAGCGUAUGAGUGGAGUAUAUUAUCGCUAUGGUUGGAUCAACGACGAAGAUGAUGACGACGACGAUGAUUGUGACGAUGAUGACGACGAAGAUGAUGACGACGACGAUGAUAAAGACGACAGAGAUGAUCACAAGAAGAAAAAAUACCGAACGGGAGGAUUCUUCGGAUUUCCUUACUUGUACAUUCCAGGAACAGGGGAAGAGAUUGUAAUCAUUUUUAAAUCAGACCGCAUUAUCACCAGACAAGGAUUCAAUGUGAUGUAUCGCGUAUUGCAAGGUGAGGUGAAUUUUAUU